AUGCCGGGCGCCACCCACCAAAUCAUUGCUGCCACGAUCGGGUCCUGCCGAAUCGAGCGCAUCGUAGGGCUAAAUGCCCUUUGGGCAGUAUGGUGGUGGCAUGGCACGGCGAGAUCCUCCGAGGCUGGGCCUAGCCCGAUUUUUAUUUGCUCGCUUGAUGUGGGCAUGCUGGAAACAAUACAGACAAGACUGUAUGCGAGCGCCUGA